AUGGGAUGGUUCUGGGCUGAUUCGGCCAAAAGCAAACCUUCUUUGGGCCUUGCUGCGUGCCCUGUGAAUCACGGGAAAUCAGACGCUCCAGCAGCGUGCCCGGUCAACUACGGAAAGGGACCCAAGACCUCCGAUGACGACGAGGUGCUUAACCCCAUGAACAACAUGCCCAUGGCGAUCUCUUCUGAGAGAGCUCCGGGACAGCGUAUAGUUCUCUCCACAGAAAGAACCAUAUCGCUGAUUCCAAGAGGCGAGUCUGCCGACCAAGGAUUCUGGGAGUACCCUUCGCCGCAACAAAUGCUUAAUGCCAUGCUCAAAAAGGGCAAAGGACAAGGAGUGCCUGAAGACGCCGUCGAGCUGAUGGUGGAGGUUCACAAUUUUUUGAACGAGGGAGCGUGGCAACAAAUUUUACAAUGGGAGCAGAAGUACACUGAACAGACCAAAAUAGAGCCCAGAUUGCUCCAGUUCACAGGGAAGCCCCACGACCUCAGCCCCAGGGCCCGGAUGUAUUUGGCUCUAGGUAAAGUUUUCCCCAACACUUUCAAUACGCAGCCCCCAUUCGACCGCCACGACUGGACGGUGCUCAGAUCCAGAGGAAGAGACCAGGAUUGGGAUAAGGUGAGGUACAUCAUCGACUACUAUAGUGCUCCAGACGACGAGGAGACGGGGAUGCCGCUGUUCAUGUUGGACACGCGUCCUGCGUUGGAUUCGUUCCAAAACGCCCAGGACAGGUUUGUUCACUGGUGGGGUCCGUUGUGGAAACAGGCGAUGGGGGAUUUUGAUUGA